UCCUCACAGACGCCAAAUUGCCUCUCACUGGACUUGAACCGUUCUCGGCCUUCCAUCUUGAUGAAAAAGAAAACCCUAUUCCAUAUCGAAUCGGAUUCAGCAUUUCCACUUCAAAAAGAAAGGUUGAGGCUUUUUUGUCCCUUCCCCAUUCUCACUUUCCUGGAAAAUCUCCUCGAAUUUUUUCUCUACAAUCUGAACAACGGUCUUUAAGUUGGACUAUUUAUGGCGGAUGACGAGUCGAUCGCUAACGGCGUAGCAGCAGAGAAUGACGAUCAGCCGGAUGAGAGCUUCUACGAUGCUGAUGAACGCGAGAACGAGGCCAUGCUAAAGAAGAAGAUCGACAAUUUAGAGAAGGAGAAGUCGUCCCUAGAUAACGAAAACGGAGAAAUAAAAGAUCAGAUGCGGCAAUUAACGGCGGAGAUCGAUUCACUGAAAUCCGGAGAGUCAGCGCUGAAACAGAGGCUGGAAGCGCUGGGGAAAGAGAUGGAACAGUCGGAGGAGAGCAAGAGAGCGUUGGAAUCCAUUGCUAACAGAGCUGUGCAGCUCGAGACGGAGGUCUCUAGGCUCCAACAUGACUUGAUCACAUCAAUGAGCGAUAGUGAGGAAGCGAAUGCUGCAAUUUAUGAGCUGAAGAGGGCAUUGGGAGAAAAGGAUGUGAAGCUUGAUGAGUUGAAGAAUGAGAUAGUGGAGACAGAACAGAUCGUAAGGGAAUUGGAGAGAAAGAUUGGAGUUUUGGAAGUGAAAGAAAGCGAGGAAAGGAGUAAGUGGGUGAGGAUUGAAGAGGAGAUGAAAGAGAAAUUAUCUGAAAAUGAGAGAGAGAUUUUUCAGUAUAGGAAUAGAUUCCUGGAAUUGGAGAGUGAGGUGGCAAAGAAGGAGGGAUUGGAGAAUAGAAUGAAAGCGUCCCAGGAGAAGUUGAGAGACAUGGAAGCAAAGACGGCAGAGUUACUGAAGGAGGCUGAGAAAGCAGAAAAGGUGGUUGGUGGAUUUAAGGAGAGGACUGUAGAGGCUAUUAAUGGCAUUCAAGUUGAGAGCACUGAUCAGGUGUCUAAGGGGCUGAAGAUGCAAUGGCCGUUGCUGGCUGUAGGAUCAACAGGUGCUAUCGCUGCCGCAGCUGCUGUGGUUUAUGUUUGCUAUGCUAAUGUUAAGCGGACAUAAUUCAAGAGGACAUUUGGAUGUGCUUUCUAUCAUGAUUACCACUUAGGCUACUAAAACAGAUACACAGGGUGGACCAGUAAAUAAUAUCUUCCAUUAGCAAGCACUAAACAAAAUGAUGUGUGGGGCUCAUGAUUGCUGAAGCUGGACUUACUCAUUUGCAUUAUCCUGUAAUGGCUGUUGUUUUUAUUCAGAACCCCUUGCAAUCCAUAGAUCAUCAAAACUUCUGUGAUGGCCAUGACAACAUAGUAGCCAGAGAGCUCAGUUAUCCAGUGAGGACUCCUGAAGGUGAUCGCCAUUUCGUGGGAUCUUGCAAUAGCUUGAUUGCUGCAGUUUUCUACUCUUAACCCACCAAACCUUUGCACCCAACCUAUCUGUUGGAGACGGAUGAUAUUAGUAAACUCCAUUUCAUAACCUCCCUGUUUUUUGUUUGCUGCUUGUUAGUGUGGAGUUUCAUUGUUCUCUCUCUCUUUCUUUUAUAUAGCUAUUAUGUGCACCUAUUUAUUUAUAGCAUUAAUAGUAACUUGAUUCAGGAAUCAA